UGCUAAUACCUGAACUGAGGUCAUCUACCAAAUCACCUGCACAUAUAAACCCACACAGCUUCAAGGUAAUUGUUUGGAGUCUACUUCGAAAGUAACUGCACGCUUACAGAAGCAGCAGGAGAUCGUGGACGAGACUCCUGGGAUGGAAAUGGUCGGAGAAGAGCGAGAAAAUCAAUAUGAGACCUCCCAUUAUAAGAGUUCUCUGAUUUCUGAUCCAUGGAAACCAUGCAGACGGACAAGAGCUGUUGUCAAAGAGUGUCUGCUGAAACUGAGCUGCUGUCUGGGAGCAGUGUGUGGGAUGCACUGGUACGGCUACGCUGCUCUGGGCAUUGUUAUGGCCUUCAUCAGCUUCUUCAUGGACCUGAGUGUAACAAAGCUGCUUAGAGCGCACCAGUGGCUUUAUGUGAAUCUGGAGGGCAACAACGUGCUGCAGUUUUUCUGUUGGACUCUUUACCCAGCAUGCCUCUGUGCUGUUGGAUCAUUGUUCUCACAAAACAUCUCUCCCUUCUCCACAGGCUCGGGAAUACCAGAAGUGCGAACCAUGCUGGUUGGCAUCCAAAUGUCUCAUUACUUGUCCCUCACUAAUAUGUUUACCAAGUUUUUGGGCCUUAUCUGUACUCUGGCAGCUGGCAGCACUGUUUUUCUGGGCAAAGUGGGUCCGUUUGUUCAUCUGUCCACCAUGGUGGGAGAAUAUCUGAGUAAUCUGUGCUCCCUGGUGCAAAACACAAAGAAGGUCAAACCACAGGUGAUACAAAAGGACAAAGCAGCCAAAGAAAUGAUGGUUGUAUCUGCUGCGGUCGGAGUAGCCGGAUGUUUUGGAGCUCCCAUCUCUGGGGUGUUGUUUAGCGUGGAGGUGAUGUGCUCGCACUUUGCUGUGAAGCAUUACGGUCCUUGUUUCCUCGCCGCUGCCUGUGGGGCUCUGACCUUCUGCCUCUUCACAGUGUGGAGCGGAGAUGAGGAGACUCUUCAGCCAUUGUUCAAAACUAAUUUCCCUGCUGCUUUACCUUUUUACCCACUGGAGAUUCUUCUGUUUGCUUCUCUCGGGCUGCUGUGCGGAGCCGUGAGCUGCUGCUACCUCUUCUGCCAUCGCUGGAUGCUGCAAUUUACCAAAACAAAAGAAGUCUUCAUUAAGAUGCUGACGACAGAGAAGUGUCUUUACUCUGGCUUGGUGGUCUUCCUCCUGGCGUCGGUGACAUUCCCUCACUCUGCUGGUCAAUACAUGGCUUCACAGUACACCAUGAAGCAGCUCCUGACCUCCUUAUUGGACAGCAGCUCAUGGAGCUCUCACAUCCAUAAUACCUCAGUGCCGCUGGAGCCUGACACUCUGUCGGAGUGGAACUCAUCAGGGAGACCCGUCUACUUGUCUCUGGUUUUCUUUCUGUUCAUGAAGAUGUGGAUGUUGGUGCUGGCCUGCACUCUGCCUGUUCCAGCUGGAUACUUCAUGCCAGUCUUUGUCUACGGAGCAGUGUUGGGUCGUUUACAUGGAGAACUUGCAGCUUAUUUGUUUUCAGGAGGAGGAAUGUCCUUCAAUCCUGGAGGCUACGCACUGGCCGGUGCAGCUGCCUUUUCUGGAGCUGUGACUCACACCAUGUCUCCUGCUCUCCUGGCCAUUGAGCUGACCGGUCAGUUCGCUCAUGCUCUACCAGUUCUCCUCUCCACACUACUGGCCAACGCUGUGUCUCGCUCUGGCCAACGUCCAUCCUUCUAUGAUGCCAUCUCCAUCAGCAAGAAGCUUCCUCAUCUGCCAUCAAUGAAGAAAGUAUAUCCACAGCUUCCCUUAGUGGAAAUUGGACAGUUUCUAGGAUCAAAACAAAUUCAGCUUCAGAAAACUGCUGGACUUGAGGAGAUUCAACAUGUUGUCAACAGCAGCAGUGACACACAGUACCCUGUGGUGGACACACAUGAGUCACAGAUUUUUCUGGGCUUCGUGCAUCGGUCUGAGCUGCUGAUUUUCCUGAGUGGCUGUGAGACUGAGACUGUGGAGAAACAUCUAGAUGACAUCUGCUGCAUCCAUCCAUCCUCUGUUCUGUUAUCUCCUCACAGCACAGUUCAGGAGACCUACAGGUUACUGAGUCUAGCUGGAGAACACACACUGUUUGUCACAGACAGAGGGCGUUUGGUCGGCACGAUCACCUGGACAGAGAUGAAGAGAAUAUUUGAGGCCUUCACCUCAGAGACCUGAGCAGUGACACAGAGGAAAUCUCCUCACCUUAUUCCAAACAUGAACACGUCCAUCUCUGUCUGAUUAGCUCGUCACAUACUUCCCUCUCUAAUUAUUUAUUUCCCAUAAUGUCUUCAGUCUCCAGGCCUAACAGCAUUUACACACAGACAAAACUGUAAUUAGCUGCAGGACCUUAUCUCACCUCAGCUCAUUGUCCUGGCUUUUAUUAAAACAUGAACACUGUGUCUCCGCCGGAUAAACGCAAUGUUGUGUCAGAGCUGUAAUAAAGCAGUGUCUACGGCCAAUGAGGACCAAACAAAAAACUAAUUUAAUACAGCGGCACAACAGUUGAUCUGAUAUCUGCUAUUUGUGACUUACUGCACUAAUAAACAUGUACAUGUGCUUCUCCAGUGUUACAACAGAAUGAUGCAAAUAAAGUAACAAUUCUAUAACAUGUACCGUAGUGAAUUAACAAAAUUGUUUCUUAAAAUAAAAAAUUGAAAUCUG